CCUUGAGGUCCCACGGAGGUUUGUUGGUGACUCCGUGUAUCUGGGCGAUUCUUGUUGUCCUCCGAUAUCAUCGUGGGCGUUGGAUGGGUUGUGAUCAUCGACAGUGAAUGAAGUUUUGGUGAGCAAGCAAGCAGUUGUAGCUUCUGAAGGUCAACCUAACAUUCAAGGAGGCAUCCAAAUCAGCUACACUUUAUGAGUCAACUUCACCCUAGCUUCUUGAUAAAGCGCACCCCAUCUGUUCAGUGAAUGGUGAAACAAAAGGAGUAAAAAGAAGAAGAAGAAGAAGAAGAAGAAAAGCAAGUUAGAGAGCAGGAAAUGGACAGGACGAGGUUAUUGUGGGUGUUAGAGGAAAGCAAGCCAUACUUGUUCCUGAGCUUGAACGAACUCUGCCUCGCAAUUUUCAUGAUUUUGAUAGAAUCAGUUACCUCCACUGGCAUUAGUGCUCUUGUCAUUGUAGUCUACGAGCAUAUCAUCGCCACCAUUGUCUUGGCCCUUCUCGCCUUCUUCUUCGAGAAGAACAAAAGGCCUCCACUCUCCUUCAAGAUAGUAUGCUAUGCAUUCCUUCUGGGACUCUUGCAGAUUACUCUUUGUCAGAUGCUAAUGACACUGUCCCUGCAAUUUGUAGCAUCGACCUAUCAAAGCGUUGGACUGAACUUGGUCCCCUCCGUAGUAUUUAUAAUGGCACUCAUGUUCGGUCAAGAAAAUCUCAGAUGUUGGAACGUUAACGGACAGGCGAAGAUAUGGGGUCUGCUCCUCUCGGCUGCCGGUGCAUUGGCUCUAGUGUUGUGGAAGGGGCCAGUCGUUCUAACCUCUAUGUUGUUUAACAUUAAAGGAACAAGUGAUAGCGUCGUCCUUGGCAGCGUCAUGAUCGUUGUUGGGGUGCUUGCCACAAGCUUUUGGAAUAUUUUAGUGGGGCGUGUCAUUCAGUUUUACCCAGCUGAACUGUCGUUAACGGCGAUGAUGAGCUUAUUUGGCACAAUUCAAACUGCCAUAGUCACAGCAUUUGUCAUAUCAUGGUCAUCUUGGAAUCUAAAGUGGGAAGGAGGGCUUGUCUUGAUCACAAUAUUACUUGGAGGAGUUUUGGUGACAGGGUUAUCAUAUUACGUGAUGACGUGGUCCAUUAAGAAGAAGGGCUCUGUGUUCACAGCCGCAUUUAACCCACUUCUUGUCGUUUUCUCGUUUCUUCUACAGAUUUUUUUUCUGGGAAAUUCUGCACAUUUGGGCAGCAUCAUAGGAGGAGUUUUGGUUAUAUUGGGCCUUUACUUAAUUCUAUGGGCAAAAGCCAAUGACAUGGAGAAGGAAAGGAUUGUGGCAGAUGAUGAUUCUAUUUACUCUCCCUUAGUUCAACCAUGACGUACAGAGGAAGCUGUAAUUCUUGUGAUACAAAUGGCCAAAAGCAGAAAUUAUUCUAUUAUUAGAUUUUGUUAUGAUUUUUGUAUUGAAAAUUGGCUAAGAAAUUGUUGUAGAUAGUAUUUUGAUGUCAAUGGCUUGUUGGAGGAUGAAUUAAAGGUAUAAACAUACUUCCUCUUA